AUGUCUUUCCCUACUUUACGUCUCUUCCCUUCUCUCCCUCGUUCACUUACCACCAAGAAUCUACGCUUCCUUCCCAUCCGACAAUUCUCUUCCACUCCCACCUACCGUAACGCAAACCCACCAUCAUCGAAAGAUCCUUCUCAUCCAUACCUUCACUAUCAUCCAAACUCUACACAUCUCACUCUAUCGUUUCUGCCUGAUCCACCUGUCAAGAGAUCAAAGACGAUAUUGGGUUAUUUACCUUUAGGGGAUGCUACAUUGGAUGAUUUUAGGGAAGAACCUGGUUUUUUAGAUACGUUACAUUCUGCUAUUCAAUCUGGCUUGGAGUUAGGUAAAUCAGAUUCGAUCAAGUAUGAAGCUGAGAGUAGACCAACGGAUGGAUGGAUACAUGUUACAGACGAAAGAGCCAUACCGCCCGUAGGGAGAAUAGGCGAGACUGAAGAUCUGAUAGGAUCUGUAUAUGUUCAAGAUGGUAAAAUAAUAGCUUCGACAUACUCACCUUUACCUACUUAUCGAAUCAUCACUCCCAACGGGGUAUUGACGUUACCUAAAGGGUUGGACGAACAUCUCAUAGAUGUCUUGAGGAAGAUAGAUAAGGAAGAGAAAGGUCAAUGA